AUAUGUAUAUAACUUUAUUAUAUAUACAUGACAUUGAAAAAGUUUUUUGUGUCAUCUGAAACCACUCUCUCUAUUCUCAUCUUCCAAUCCCAUCUUCAAGAGUAGUUUCUUCCAAAUAUGCCUGCAAUAGCAUUUGGGCGCUUUGAUGAUUCCUUUAGCUUAGGCUCUUUCAAGGCCUACCUUGCUGAGUUCAUCUCAACCUUGCUCUUUGUUUUUGCUGGAGUUGGUUCUGCUAUAGCUUACAACAAGUUGACAUCAAAUGCUGCUCUUGACCCGGCCGGGCUAGUGGCAGUGGCUAUUUGCCAUGGAUUUGCUCUCUUUGUUGCAGUGGCUGUCGGAGCCAACAUCUCCGGUGGCCAUGUGAACCCGGCUGUCACCUUCGGGUUGGCUCUUGGGGGCCAGAUCACCAUCAUUACCGGCAUCUUAUACUGGAUUGCCCAACUUGUUGGCUCCAUUGUAGCAUGCUAUCUGCUCAAAUUUGUGACAGGAGAUUUGGUAAGUUUAAGACAAAUUAAUCGAUCUAGUACUAAAUUUCAAGUCUCAAUUUGGGCAAUUCCAACCCACAGUGUGGCCUCUGGUGUUGGGGCUAUAGAAGGAGUUGUUAUGGAGAUCAUUAUCACUUUUGCUUUGGUUUACACUGUCUAUGCCACAGCAGCUGACCCAAAGAAGGGUUCAUUGGGCACAAUUGCACCCAUUGCAAUUGGUUUGAUUGUUGGCGCCAAUAUCUUGGCUGCCGGCCCAUUCUCCGGUGGAUCAAUGAACCCAGCCCGCUCUUUUGGGCCUGCGGUCGUUAGCGGAGACUUCCACGACAACUGGAUCUAUUGGGUCGGACCCCUCGUCGGUGGUGGGCUUGCCGGACUCAUCUACGCCAAUGUGUUCAUGUGCCAUGAGCAUGCUCCUCUCUCCAGCGACUACUAAAUUGACUGAAUUUUAUUUUUCGGAUUCCCCUUGAUUUUGUAAUAAGAGGAGGAAAUGCAAGCUUUUGCUUUCCUUUCUUUCUUUAAUUUUUUAUUUUAUUUUUAAUUAAUUUUUCAUUUUUCUGUUUAUUUGGGUUUCUAGCUGUAAAUUAAUGUUUUGGCCUGCUUUUUAAAAGAAAUGAAGUUGGUGAAAUGCAUCAUA